AUGCAAAACGACAAGAGUCGACACGACAAAUCACGGUACUCUGCUUAUCAUAAGGGGCAUGGGCACAAUACUGACCAAUGCCGAAACUUGAUCUCAACAUUAAUGAAGCUGAUAGAUGACCCACAGGUGAAGAUGUUCACUCACUCCAACGAUCGAAAGAAAAGGGAGCAAUUUGAGGCCAGUCCCGACAGUGACGAUGACUCAGAAACUCAUCAUAGGAGGAAGAGGCCACCAACGGAGGUUUAUGCCCGCCAAGAUUAUCAUGCUGGAAAGCAAGUGCAGCACGCCAACAACAGGCCGGCACCAGAGCCCACCCAUAACCAAAUUUAUUUUACCACUAGAUCACCUGCAUCCGAUGCCUUAGUGAUAACGACACCCAUCAUGGCCAUCAGGGUUCACCGCAUUAUGGUCGAAACUGGGGCCCAAGCGAGCAUUCUAUAUUACGAUACCUUCAAAAAGAUGGGUGUCGACCUUAAGGAGGUGCAACGUCGAGACUGGAUCCAAGACUUUGACGAGAAAACAACAUUACAGAUGGGGCAAAUCACGCUGCCCCUAAAAUUUGGGGGAGAUAGGCAGCCCACGAGAAUGAGCCUUCUGUGUCCUCUGUUUUUCCCAAACUGCCACGUGCUCCCAUAUAAAUCCGUGUGUGACAUUGAUUCUGACGAGCUCCUCUCAUCCUCGUCGGCGUCCUCUCGUCCGCGUACAACCUGCCCUCCAUCGACGAGCCUUAGCUGUGAGCUGUCAACAUUCCCGCAGCCACAGUCGUCUGUCCCGAGAAGCCAUAGCCACCGUCUACUUGUGCGUGUCCCAUCGCCGGAACUUGUUCUCGCUGUAUUUUCGUUCGUCGUCGUGAAGAACCUGUCAGUUGCGAGAAGGUUGUGUCCAGUCCUUGGGUUCGAUAUCUCUGAGUUUUGA